CCACGGCCAGCCACAGGUGUCACAUUUCAGGAAUCGUCAUUCAGGUGUGUGGGACUGGCUAGCUGUUUUUGAAUUGAAGCCGUCGUACUUGAAUUGCAACCUGCACCUGGCGCGACUUUCUCCAGAGAAGUUGAUCUAACGAACGACAUUUGAAAAGUAACUUUAACUGAAUACAAAAACAAGGCCAAAAUGAGCAAAAUUUCUAAAUUGUUCAAGGGAAGCUCAAGUUCGAGCUCUUCUAGCCACUAUCCAAGCUCUUCGAAGUCGAAACAUGGCCAUCGGUCUCGGACAGGACCUACCCCGCAGGAGGCCAUUCACAAACUUCGAGAAACAGAGGCGAUGCUGGCGAAAAAACAGGACUUCUUGGAAAAUAAAAUUGAACAAGAAAUUAUGACGGCAAAGAAGAAUGGCCUCAAGAAUAAACGUGCGGCCCUCCAGGCACUGAAGAGGAAGAAGCGCUUUGAGCAGCAGCUCACCCAGAUUGACGGGACCCUCUCCACCAUCGAGUUCCAAAGGGAGGCAUUGGAGAAUGCCAACACCAACACUGAGGUCCUGAAGACCAUGGGCUACGCUGCCAAGGCCAUCAAGGGGGUCCACCAGAACAUGGAUCUGGAUAAAAUUGACUCUCUGAUGCAGGACAUCACUGAGUCGCAGGAAGUGGCCCAGGAGAUCUGUGAUGCUAUCUCCCGACCUUUCGGAGAUGCAUUUGAUGAGGAUGAGCUGUUAGCGGAGCUGGCAGAGUUGGAGCUGGAGGAGAGCAUGACGAACAUGGGCAGAGUGCCCAGUGUGCCCGCUGCCAAGCUGCCCACCUCCAAGCUGCCCUCAACUCGACCCAGCCAGCGCACUCCAUCCAAGAAGAGGGCAGAGGAUGAUGACGACAUGCAGAUGCUGGCAGCCUGGGCAGUGUAACUAACACACACCAGACUCCAAAUGUACAAAUGUUCAUUUUAAUGUUUUUAUCUUUUUAUUCUAAUUAGUUUCUUAGGGAAAAGCCAAUGAUCUCUAUUUUGUUGGAUUGUUUUUGUGUGUUGUACAAUUAUGGAAGUGAAGUAUUGGAAUGUGUGCUCUGAUUAGGUGAUUUUAUUACUGCUAUAUUACACAAUUUUCUGUCAAUGAAGGAUACAGUUGCUAGUGAAAGUCUA